CACCAGCUCCAUACAGCAGUUGUUGACAGACGCUGGAGUGGAGGGAUUGGGUAGGAUUUUUUUUACAAGUAGCUGGUAGUUGGCCUUUGAUAUUAAAUACUAAAAUGUGCGGGUAUGUGCAUUUUUAACAGUCGGGCCAGCAAAGAACAAAACUGGAAGACAGUAACAUCGUCAGAGCUGGUGGGUUUGAGAAGGGGAUACAGCUGGCGUGUCUAACCAGAGGGGAGAGCUACGAUGCUGUGCUGGGGAAAUGCCUCCUACGGACAGUUAGGCUUGGGUGGGAUUGAUGAGGAGAUUGUGGUUGAGCCACGAAAAUGUGAGUUCUUUCAGGGGAAGCAAGUGUGUGAUGUGGGGUGUGGCCACAGACACACAGCCUUCCUGCUGGAGGAUGGAACAGUAUACACCUGUGGCUGCAAUGACCUGGGGCAGCUGGGACAUGAGAAGUCCAGAAAGAAACCAGAGCAGGUAGUGGCCCUGGAUGCACAGAUCAUACUGGCAGUGUCGUGUGGAGAGGCUCAUACACUCGCCCUGAAUGACAAAGGGCAGGUUUUCUCAUGGGGUCAGGGCUCAGAUGGGCAGCUGGGCCUAAAUAACUUUGAAGAAUGUGUUCGUGUGCCUAGAAAUAUCAAGAGUUUGUCAGAUGUACAAAUUGCUCAGGUAGCCUGUGGGUUUUGGCACUCCCAUGCACUUUCAAGAGGAGGGCAAAUCUUCUCCUGGGGCCACAAUCGAUACGGACAACUUGGGAUAGGAAUAAAUGGACAGAGCAUUUCCACGCCCCAAAUCAUUCAGUCUGUACAGGGUAUUCCUUUUGCCCAGAUAUCAGCAGGUGGAGCUCACAGCUUUGCCCUCACUCUCUCAGGAGCAGUGUUUGGAUGGGGGCGCAACAAGUUUGGUCAGCUGGGUCUCAAUGACAGCAAGGAUCGGUAUUUCCCAACUUUGCUGAAGUCCCUCAGAUCGCAGAGAGUGAUUUACAUCGCCUGUGGAGAGGAUCACACGGCAGCACUGACCAAGGAAGGAGGUGUGUUUACAUUUGGAGCAGGAGGGUACGGACAACUCGGACAUAACUCUACAAACCAUGAAAUCAACCCUAGGAAAGUGUUUGAGCUCAUGGGAAAUGUAGUCACGCAGAUUUCAUGUGGAAGGCAGCACACGCUCGCUUUCACACCCUCCUGUGGAAAGAUGGACUCAUUUGGGCUUGGUGGUAACGGGCAGCUUGGUACACGCUCCACUUGCAACAGAAAAAGCCCCGCCCCCGUGAAAGGCCCCUGGGUAGCCUCCAGUUCUCCAGGGGAUAUAGACUCGGAACAGGGCUGUUGUGUCAAGAGGAUUUAUGCCGGAGGAGACCAGAGUUUUGCUCACUACUGCACCAACAAUAAACUCCAGGACAUAGAUGACGUGAGGAUACAAGAUCCCCACAGGAAGAUUUAUACAUUGAAUCAGGACAUCAUAGACAAGUGGUUGAACCACUCACCAGGAAGACUCCCGCAAGAAAUCGCCAAUGAGAUUGACCUCGUGUUCUCCUCAGCAAGCUGCCUCAAUGGAUCUUUUCUGUCAAAGAGUCAUCCAGAUCACUACAGUACCAGCAGUAAAUGUUCAGGGGUGGAUAUGAACACAGCCCGACUCCUGUUUCACAGACUGGUUCAGCAAGAUCACCCUGAGAUCGCUCAGCAGAUCGCUGCCAGUUUGGAAAAGAACCUAAUUCCCAGACUAAGCAGCUCUCCUCCAGACAUUGAAGCCCUGAGACUCUACCUCACUCUGCCAGAAUGCCCUCUCUUCAGUGACCGAAAUAAUUAUGUGACUAUCUCUAUCCCAUUUGCCAAAUCACUCCUCAAUUUGAAAGAGGCUCCACUGAAGGUGCUGGGAAACUGGUGGUCUACGUUUGAGUCCCAGGUCUUCCAGCGGCUGGUUGAGUUGUAUAAGGAAGUGGUGGUGUAUCUGCUUCAGAUGCACAAGAUGGGCAUUCCUUCGGUAGAGCAGAGAAUUUUCACCUGUUUCCUGGACACGUCCCUCAGACUACUGGAGAUCCUGCACACGGUGAGUGAGAGAGCAGGACACAUCAUUCAGUACGAUAAAUUCUACAUCCAUGAGUUGGAUGACUUAAUAGACAUCAGAAAUGAUUACGUCACGUGGAUUCAGAGGCAGAUGUACCCAAUGGGUCAUGACGGUGUGGUGACUCUAUGCAGGUAUCCCUUUGUAUUUGAUGCCCAAGCAAAGACCACACUGCUUCACACUGAUGCUGUCAUACAGAUGCAGAUGGCAGUGGACCAAGCACAGAUGCAGAACUUCAGCUCUAUGUUCCUGCCAGCGGUGGAAUCUGUCAACCCGUGCCUCAUCCUCAUUGUUCGGAGAGAAAACAUUGUUGGAGACACCAUGGAAGUCCUCAGGAAGUCUAAGAAUGUCGAUUACAAGAAACCACUCAAGGUGAUCUUUGUGGGAGAAGAGGCAGUCGAUGCAGGAGGCGUGAGAAAAGAGUUCUUCCUCCUGAUCAUGAAAGAGCUGCUGGAUCCAAAAUAUGGGAUGUUUCGUUACCACGAGGAGUCCAGGCUCAUCUGGUUUUCAAACAAGACUUUUGAGGACAUUGACUUAUUCAACCUCAUUGGGGUCAUCUGUGGUCUGGCCAUCUACAAUCUCACUAUAGUGGAGCUCAACUUCCCCGUGGCCCUUUACAAGAAGCUCCUGAAGAGGAAGCCGACACUAGAUGACCUGAAAGAGCUAAUGCCAGAUGUGGGAAGGAGUCUGCAGCAGUUACUGGACUACGAAGAGGAUGACCUGGAGGACACCUUCUGCUUGAACUUCACAGUCACAGAGGAAAACUAUGGUGCCACAGAGGUCUUGGAACUAAUACCAGGCGGCGAAGACAUCAAUGUCAAUAAAUCAAACAGGCAAGAUUUCGUCAGUGCAUACGUAGACUACAUUUUCAACACAUCAGUGGCCCCACUGUUCGAGUGCUUCUACGCUGGCUUCCACAAGGUGUGCGGUGGAAAAGUUCUAGAGCUGUUCCAGCCAAACGAACUGCAAGCCAUGGUCAUCGGCAACACCAACUAUGACUGGACAGAGCUCGAAAAGAGCACUGAAUACAAAGGGGAGUACUGGAAGGAUCAUCCCACCAUCAGGCUCUUCUGGGAGGUGUUCCACAGUCUUCCUUUAGAGAAGAAAAAGCAGUUUCUCUUGUUCCUCACAGGAAGUGACCGCAUACCCAUUUUGGGCAUGAAAAGCCUGAAGUUGGUCAUCCAGCCCACUGGUGGAGGGGAGCAUUACCUGCCCGUGGCCCACACCUGCUUCAACCUGCUGGACCUGCCUAAGUACACGAGUCGGGAAACGCUCCGGGAGAAGCUUUUACAGGCCAUAGAUCAUAAUCAAGGCUUUAAUCUGGCCUGAUUGUACACAGAAAUGCCUAGAACUCCAUGUCCAGACUGUUGAUGGCAACCACAUUCCCACAUGUCUUGUUUCGCAGUCUGAAUGCUGCUGUAAGAAUUGAACACUGAGUGGAAAGAGGUGGAGGCCACAUGACAUUAGAACUGAUUAAGAGUUGGACUUUCACAGGAAAUCUUAACUUUGAUUUUCUAGCUUUUUUCCCAUGCCAUCACAGUAUUUGAUGCUCUUAUUACAAGUUGAUUCACAUUUGAUAUUACUCUUAUAGAUAUGAUUUUAUUCAUGUCUGGAUAUGAGGAGUGUGAUGAAGCAAACUGCUAUGUAGAGAGAGAGCAGGGUAUGCGUAUAGCAACAUCAACACCUGUGAAAUAUAGUGAAAUGCAGUAGCACUACCUUUCUGAAGCUUAGAAAAUAAUAGUGAGAUGUUUCUGUCUGUACUGGUGAGAAAAACUACACUUUGGCCUAAAAAUGACCAAAUUUAAAUCGAUACCUCUCUGACAGGGUCCUAAUGGAAAUGUGACAUUUUAAGCUCCACUGUGGUAGUAGUUGCUGCAUGGCUACUGCAGUUAAUCAUAUUAUAUUUUGCAGGAGGUAAUGAUGUUGUGUCAACCCCCUUUGUAUUAAAUGUUUGAACCCAGACAAUGUAAACUAACUCUCUUUAUGUUUGACAUAAGUUUUGUUGUGACAUUUGAUUGAGAGCAAGCAUUUGCUUUAUAUCCAGCGUGGAUUUUCAUGGCUGUCCACCUGAAAACAAUCCACAAAUUAAAAACUAAGUACAGCCACUGAA